AUGGCUGACGAGCACACAUCAGAAGACGGCAGGACUGACUCCAAUGGUCCUUUACUGGAUCAUAAGGUUUACACAGCCAAUGAAGCCACAGAAGAGAAGCCAGAGGGCCAAAACCUGUGGCCCAGGCCGCUGGCUAAAAAAUGGAUCCUGAUGCUGUUUAUAGGCAGCUGCCUCCUCUACUCCGCCAGGAUGGCCAUGCCGAUCUGUGCAGUGUCAAUGGCAGCCUCUUUUCACUGGAGUAAGAUCGACUCUGGACUGGUUCUGGGUGGAUUCUUCUGGGGUUAUUGUUUAACACAGAUCCUGGGAGGACAUGUCAGUGACAAGGUGGGAGGAGAGCGUGUCCUGUUUGUCUCUUCAGUCUCGUGGGCUGUGGUCACAGCUGCUACGCCUCUACUGGCCCACCUCAGCUCUCGCACUAUCGCUCUCAUGACUAUGGCCAGAUUCCUCAUGGGAGUACUGCAGGGUGUUUUUUUUCCGUCUUUGGCCAGCCUUUGUUCACAGCGUGUAGUGGAAGGAGAGAGAGGGUUUUUAAUGAGCACCAUGAACAGUGGCACCCAUCUUGGAACUUUGAUAGCAGGUGGGAUGGGGUCUAUGAUUCUGGACCGGUACGGCUGGGAAAGCAUGUUCUACAGUAUUGGUUUCCUGUGCGGACUUUGGGCGCUCAUUGUUUGGCUGUAUUUAUUAAAAGGUUCAGAUGUUUCCCGCAAACAGAUGGAAAGAAUUGACCCACAAUGGUCAUCAGCACGCUGGCUUUAUCUUUUUAAGGAGCCACCGAUCUGGGCCAUGGUGGUGGCUCACAUGUGCUUGGGCAGUACUUUUUACACUUUACUAUCAUGGUUGCCAACAUAUUUCAAAGAAUCCUUCCCACACGCCACGGGAUGGGUGUACAAUACAGUUCCAUGGCUUGUUGCAAUUCCAUCAGCACUUGGUGGAGGAUAUAUCUCAGAUUUUCUCAUCAACAAAGGAUAUCAAGUUGUAUAUGUGAGAAAACUAAUGCAGUUUUUUGCCAUGGGCGUCUCGAGUAUGUUUAUUAUGCCUCUGUCUGAAGAGGUCACGUAUCCCUCUGCUGUGAUUUGUGUUUCUGCUGCUAUCGGUCUCUCCACCUUCGCCAGCAGUGGUGUGUCAGUGAAUGUACAAGACCUUACUCCAUCAUGUGCUGGCGCCCUCUAUGGUUUUAUGAAUAUGAUGGGAGCUUUCAUGGGACUGGUGUUGGUCUCCCUGUCAGGUUACCUGAUUGAGGUCACGCUGUCGUGGGCCAAGGUGUUCUCCCUCAUCAUUUUAGUAAAUGUCACAGGCCUCGGGAUUUUCCUCAUCUUUGGAGAUGCUCGUCGCGUCGACCUGAAAGAUUACAGACAGGUUACUGUGAUUUGACCCAGACGUUACUGUUUCAAAUACCAGUCAGUAUCUGAUUUGUGAGACUGGACGUUAUAUUCAUAUGUCUAUCCAUGGUUUAUCACAGUUUGGCAAAAUAAUUUUUUGUCCCUUUUUGGUGGAAUUGGCUGUCAGAAAUAAGCUGUAACAGUACAGUGCAGUGUUUAACAGAAAUAAUUGUUUCAAUAUUACUGAUCAUACAGUAUGUGAAAACAAUCUUGAAGGAAUUUGAAUAUUGUUUUUGUUCUUGUUCUGUUUAUUGUAAGUUAUUCGAGUGCAUUGUACACAUGUUUCUGACUGCAUAAAUAUUGAAUGUAGAAAUGUUGAUUUCAACACAGAAAUGUUUACAUUAUUAACGGCUACAUGCAAAAAUGUCAGCUGCUGGUGUUACAUCUAAAAACAUGCUCAGAGAG